AGAUUUUGAUUUAAUUUUCUCUUAGGUGACACAAUAUAUUGUUAUGGUAGUAAAUAACUUACUUGAUGUUGACGAGGAAAUUUUAAUGGAAAGUCAAACACAGGAUCAGACUCCUACUAAGAUUGUUGAAGUGCUUGAAGAUCAACUGGGUAAAGUAGAGCUAAAUAAUGAAGGAAUUUAUGAAGAAAUGACACAUAAUUUAGCAGUACAGGCUCGGAGUUUUGAUGCAGCUCAAGUUAGUGAAGAAGACAUGACUUACAUAAGUUUUAUAUCGGAAUCAAAUGAGAAUAGUGUAGGUGCUGUUGAGGUACUUGCCGAUGGUGUCAAAAUACCUGAUGCUGCCAAUGUGUCAAUUGCUCUGCCAAACAGAAUAUCUGACGACAUCAAGGAUAAUAAUAUGACAGAUUUCCGGAUUAUAGUUAUUGUUUACAAUGACAGUAGACUGUUCCAGUCUGCUCAGUUCAUUAACGAUAGUUCAGGUCGCAGACCAAAUAGUCAAGUCAUUUCUCUAUCGGUGCCUGGAUUAGAUCGUGUUGAAUUGGACGAGCCCAUCGUUACCACGUUCAUUCCCAUUGAAAUCUCUGAAACAAACAGAAAUACAACCUGUGUCUUUUGGGACUUCGUACUGGAUGGGGUUGGAGGAUGGUCAACUGAAGGCUGCACAUUUGUAAAUGGAUCGGAGGAUGGGAGUGAUAGGCAGUAUUGCGAGUGCACUCAUCUAACUAACUUUGCUAUACUUAUGGAUUUCCAUCAGUUGUCAUCUCUUCCCCCUGCAGCUGAUGUUGUGACUAUUGUUGGCUUAAGCAUAUCGAUUGCAUCGCUUUUUCUGACAUUACUUACUUUUGUGAGUAAAAAGAAAUUUCGAAAGAGUGAACCAAAGCAAAUUCUAUGUCAGCUGUGUUUGUCUUUGCUUGGUCUCUAUAUUGUAUUUCUUGCUGGAAUUGAUCAAACUGAAGACAAGAAUUGGUGUACGUUUGCUGCAGCUCUUUUGCAUUACUUCUUGCUAUCGUCAAUCUUCUGGAUGAGUGUUCAAGCUGUAAAAAUGUACUAUUUACUUGUGAAAGUUGUUAAUAGUCACGUGUCUCACUUUGUCUUUAAAGCUUGCUUGUUUGCAUGGGGUUUCCCAGUGAUAAUUGUUUUGGUUUCUGUAUUUAUUGACCAUAAUAGCUAUGUGUAUUCUGCUAAAUAUUGUUUUCUGACACUCCAACACAUGUACUACUCUGUAGCAAUUCCUGUCGCUCUAUCUUUACUUUUCAACAUGACCGUAUUCCUCCUGGUUUUGCAUAGUUUAAGCCAGCUCGGAAAAAACACAAAUCAAUCAAGAGGAAAAGAAACCAGACGCAGUGGUAUGUUGAUGUUGAAAAAUGGAGUGACCAUUACAGCAGUUUUGGGUUUAACAUGGCUGAUCGGCUUCUUUUCCAUCGGAGAUGCUUCCGAAGUUAUGCUGUGGCUUUUUUGUAUUCUUAAUUCUUUCCAAGGGUUACUUAUCUUCGUAUGUAUGUGUUGGAAAUAAGGAUGUACGCAUUUACUGGUGGAAGACGUUACUCAAAAUAUAACAGAAAAUACUCUUUAGAUUGACUAUAUUGGCAGAACCAAACAAAGUUUCAGAUUUUCAAAAAAAAGAAUCCUCGCUCAAAACACACAUAUCUAUACACAGGAUUCGAACCCGGGACUUUCUGAUGUUCCAUCCUGUAUUAGUUUUAGGAUACUUUCAUUUUACGUUAUUGUUGCUUUUUCAUGAUAUAUUAUAUUGGUUAUUUUUGGAUGUCUUGUUUAACGUGUGCCAUUGUUAAAAUAAAGUGUUAUAAAAUAAGAUGAAAAAUAGCGAAUAAUAGCAAAUAUAGACAUUUUUGAGUGGUAUAUUCUCAAAUAAGCCGAUAUGCACUAGGCAAUACCAUUUUAAAGGUGUGGUGUAGAUCUAUAAAAAGUGUAAAUUAAUCAUAGGCCGUCUUUAGGUCACAUUUUUAUUGGCAAUUGACAAUUACAUACCGUACGCCCAUUUAUUUCUAUUUUUCUUUCUCAUUAAUCUGAUUAUCUUUGGUGUAUUUUGCCUUAUUUAAUAUUUCAUUUCAUUUUAUUUUUAUUUAAAUUUAUUCGAUUAUGCGCCCGUUAUUAAAUGGUGUGUUCAAAAUCCGAACGCUGUAAACGGCGAAUUAAGGAUUUGCAAGUAACUAAGUUUGGAAGUGACAUCAGUGGAUGAUCAGUGACUUGUGUACAAAAUGAUAUCGUAAUGAUUUGUUAGUACAGUAUAACAGUAUGUAAUUUCAAUCUGGUUGUAUAUCUUGUCAAUAUUCAAUAAAACUUUAAGCUAGAAUGAAA